AUGCACUACACCAGCAUCUUCAUUGCCGCCGCUGGCGCCUCGGUGGCCGCUGCUCAGGACUACGCUCCUCCUGCUCCUCUUGAGACCACAACUCUCACCUCGACCACUACCCAGGUUGUCACUCUUACCCAGUGCAACCCUACCGUGACCGAUUGCCCUCUGCGCACCCAUACCUCCACCGAGGUUGUUGUGACUACCUCUACCGCUGAGCCCGAGGUUCCUGCUGAGCCUACCACUUCCGUCUACAUUCCUCCUACCACCAGCAUCUACGAGCCUAUCGUCAACACCACCAGCCACUACCAGGCCCCUACCAUUGUCAACACCCCCAUUAUCAGCACCACCAAGAAGGCACCCGCCCCCAAGACCACCUUCUAUCCUGCUGGUAACACCACCGUCAAGGCUGGUCCUACUGCUCCUAUCUCUCACUCCACCAAGCUUCCUGUCCCCAGCAGCCACGGUACCCCCGAGAAGCCUGGUUACGAGGCUCCCCCUUCAAGCCCUGAGGCUCCUUCAAACGUCCCUACCGCUGGUGCCAACGGUCUCGCUGCCUCCUCAGGUUUCCUUGGUGCCGCCAUGGUCGCCGCCAUGGUUGCUCUUUUCUAG